AUGGCGGCCGCGAGGCGCGAGAGGUCCGGCCUCGGCCCUGGCACUUACCUCCCCUGCCUCUUCCAAGAUGUCGUCGGCGGCAAUGUCGCGCGCUCAGUGACGCGCUCUGGCGGCGCCGCCGCGGGAAGGGGGGCGGGGGGAGCGGCCGGAGCGGCGCAGGCAGCGGCAGCCGCGGGACUGGCCGGGCCCCUGGAGGGGGGGGAUUUAAAGGGACCAUGUCCCCAGCGCUGGUGCUGCUGCGGAGGCCGGAGCCGGGCAGGAGGCGGCGGCGGCUGCGGGGCCGCUGAGGAGCCCUGCGGGCCCGGCCCCCUGGGCGCCCGGGAGGCGGGGACGGCGCGUGACCGGAGCAAUUGUUUCAGGCUGUCUGCAGACUCGGGCAUUGCUUAA